AUGGCGACCGCGCGAACCAACCCUGUUUUUCCCCUCUCCUUCCCAUCUAAAAGCUUAACGCUCUCUCCCCUCCCCCAACCUCUCACCCUCAGUCUCAUCGCUGCCAUGCUUGCCAACCCGACCGCAUCCGCGUCCGCACUCCCUCCCUCUCGCACAGACGAGUCCGACAUUGACCCCUUCAUCCUCUACGCUCAGUCGCUCCACGACUACACCCUCCGUCUCUGGACAGAGUCCCGCCGCAUCGCCGAGGAAAAGGCACGUGCGCGCGCUGCUGAAAUUGCAGUGGUCAGGAAACGCGAGGAGGAGAAACAGAGACAGAAGAAGACGGGUACCCAACCUAGCAGCAAUGCAGUCUGA